AUUCGGAUUUCUAGCCUCCUAAACUGUGAGAAAUAUAUUUGUUUGUUAAAGCCAUCCACUUGUGGUAUUUCUGUUACAGCAGCGCUAGAUAACUAAGACAUUUGUAUUCGCAAGAAAUUGUAUAAUGAAAUAACAAAUCAAAGUAGAAUUUAGGUUGUUGUAUUAGAUUGUAGGCACUAGAGGAAUACCCAUUCUCCUAUGUCUUAUUAAAAGUUUAAGUGCAAAUGAAAACUUCCCUUUCAAAAUUUCCAAAAAUAAGAUCAAAUGGUGCUGAUUUCAACCUUCUAAAAAAUAUAUGAGAUUGUCAUAAUGGUCACUUAAUGUGUAUAGUGUGAAAUGCAUGAGAAGUCCUUAGUAUUUAUGUUAAGUAUUUCACAUUAUCUAUUGAUUCAUUAAUAAAGCACUAUCAUAUGUCCUUAUUCCAUGAGAAGUUCCUGGAUAUGUUAUGAACUACUUUAAUACUUUGAUUUUUUUAGUAACCCAAGCUGUUAUUACUUGAUACAGGUUAAGAAGGAAGUUCUAGCUAUUUUUAUAUGUGAAAAUGAAAACUCAGUUUUUCAAAUAUAUUUCUGAAGUGUACUUAAUAUAAUUAUAUUGAAAAGAUAUUGGUCAUUAUUUUGGCCAGGUGGUGUUCAUUGACUUUGUUCUCUAUGGAAAAAUAUUAUAAAGAGCAAACUACAAAGGAGAAACACUUGAUAGGGUUAGAUCUUCUUUUCUUCUAGUUCCCAUCAUUAGUGUAAAACUGGUAAGACUGACAUUACAUAUAGUUCCUCUCACUGAUAAUAGGGGUUAUAUGUUGUGGGUCCAAUAUACUGGCAUAAAUGCAUACACUUGGAGGCUCUUGUGUUCUUCAUACUAAAAGUGACUUUUGUCUCUUAUUUAUUUUUAUUAUUUUGCUUCAGAUGCAUACAAUUUUUAAAGAUUUGAUUUUUUUUUUUUUUAGAUUCACCUUUGUGGUUCAACUUAUUUUUUGUAAAUGCAGUGAUAAAGUGGUAUGUAACUGUAAUUUCUUGGAUUGCUUAAGGGUCUACAUACAGUAAACAAGUAUGUUAACAAGAGUAGGUUAUUAAAAAAUAUUAAUUCACUAGAAUUAUUAGAAUGUGACCUGUUCUUCCAGUGCUGCUAGGUUAUGAUUUGUGAUUUCCAAUCCUUGGAAGCUGGAUACCAUUUUAAUGUCCUUAGGGGUAAACUGUUAAAUUCUGAUGAAUAUAAUAUUUCAAUAAAAAGAUUUGGUAGACAUGUUAGAAACUUGGAAUGAUGCUUGGGAAGACAGUAGCAUUAAAACUACUUCAGUUCCUUGAACAUUGUUUUGCACGCUGGCUUGCAUUUAUAUGUCCGUGUGCCUAUCACCUUAGACCCUGAAGUCCUGGACAACGGGAUCUGUGUCUUAUCAGGUCUGUCUUCCUAACCUAGUGUGUGCCUAAACAAGGCUAUUUUUUGUCCAGGCAAAGUCUAUGGACCACCUGAAUCAGAUUCAUCUGGGGUGUUAUGUUAAAAAUACGGGUUAUCAGAACCCACCCAUAGAUUUACUACAUAAGAAUCUUCAGAAGUGCCUUUGGCUUCUCUGGAUGAUUCUUAUAAGCACUGAAGUUUAAGAGCUCCCAGCCCAGAUGAUAAGUAAAUGCAAGGGCAUUGAUAAGGUGAGGAUAGAAACCAAGAUCUGCAAACCUUGCCUGCCACACACUUGCUGACAUGCUCCCUGCGUACUCAGUAGAUGUUUAUUGGGCAUGUACUAAGUGCCAGUAACUCUGGAUACGAGAUAAAUAAGACAGUGUUACAGUUAAAAGCAGAAGCUUCUGAGUCAAAAAGCAGGCCUCAGCUGCUUACUAACAGAAUGACUUUCAGCAAGUUACUUUAUCUCUAAGCCUCAGUUUCCUCUCUUGUAAAGUAGAAAUAAUACCUCCCUGAUAGGAUUGACAUAAAUAUUAAAUAAGAUAAAUGCACGUAAGGCUCUUUGCAAAGUGCUUAGAAUAUAGUAUGCUACCAAUAAAUGGUAGUUUUAUUAUUAUUAUUAUUAUCGAGGAGCUCGCAUUCCAGGCAGGGCUGAAUUUCUUGACAAAUAAGGAAAACUUCACAAGGGAAUGAGGGAAGGGACUAUGCAUCAGUUAGCUUCUGUUGUGUAACAAACUACUCCAAAACUUGGUGGCUUAAAACAAUAUAUAUUAGCUCACAAUCCAGUGGCGGUUGAUAAUUUGGGCUGAGCUCAGCUGGGAUGGUUCAUCGCUGUUCUACAUUGUGUCUGCUGGGCUCACUCGUGUUAGUGGUCAUCUGGCAGUCAGUGGCCUCACACACAUGUUGACAGGAGCAAUGAAGGUAACUGGACUAUGUGUACUCAUUAUCCAGCAGACAACAUGGGCUUGAGCACACGAUAGUGGCCACAGGAUUCCCAACAUCAGUAAGAGAGAGCAAGCCCCAGUGAGCAAGCACUUUUUAAGCCUCUUUUUGUAUCAUGUUAGCUAGUGUUACAUUAGUCAAAGGAAGGCAUGUGUCCAAGCCCAGAUUCAAUGGAUGGAGAAAGACUCCACUUCUUAACGUGUGUGCAUUCAGGAAUGGAAAGAAUUUGUGCCUAUUUUUGUAAUCUACACAGACUGGGUUUUAUUGACUGUGUUUUGUUUGUUUUUUUUUUUAAUUGCUACUCUAUAUUGGGCUUUAUGCUGGGUGUUUUAUCUAAUCCUCACAGUAAUAACCUGAUGUGGGUGGCUUUAUUUCCAUUUCAAAGAUGAGAAAACUGAUGAUCAGAGAAGCUAAGAGACUUGCACACAUUAAUCCCAAAUGUUUGUUUCAAGUUAUGGAGUGGCUAUUUAGGUGCUGCCCCUUGUUGCUUAGAUGAUCAUGCCAUGAAGUGGAAAGUUUAUGCUUUAUUUAAUAAAGAUUUGUUAAAGUGAAGUUCCAAAGACUAGUUUUAUUUUCACAUUUAUACCUUGAACCAUUGGGUCAUGUAUUUAUUUGGUACAUAAAAAAAGAAGAGUUAAAAUUUUUACCAUCCUUACUUAAGGCUCUCUGGAAGCUUAUGGGAACAGUUUUUGUUUGCCCAGAUCACGUGCACAGCCUGGAUCUCAGUGCCUUUUGGACAUGACUGAGCCUCUUCAAUGGGCCAGAUAUCACUGGCAACGGCUGAUCGGUGGUGCAAACAGGGAUGACAAUGAGAGGCCAUACAACUAUUCCUCGCUGCUUGCCUGUGGCGGCAAGACUUCUCAGACCCCUAAACUGGCAGGAAAGCACCGGGUUGUUGUUCCCCACCUCCAGCCAUUCAAGGACGAGUAUGAAAAGUUCUCUGGAGCCUACGUGAAUAACCAAAUACGAACAACAAAGUACACACUUCUGAACUUUGUGCCAAGAAAUUUAUUUGAACAAUUUCACAGAGCCGCCAAUUUAUAUUUCCUGUUUCUCGUUGUCCUGAACUGGGUGCCUUUGGUAGAAGCCUUCCAAAAGGAAAUUACAAUGCUUCCUCUGGUGGUUGUCCUUACAAUUAUCGCAAUUAAAGACGGCUUGGAAGAUUACCGAAAAUACAAAAUUGACAAACAGAUCAACAACUUAGUAACUAAAGUUUACAGUUGGAAAGAGAAAAAAUACAUUGACCGAUGCUGGAAGGAUGUUACUGUUGGGGACUUUAUUCGCCUCUCCUGUAAUGAGGUCAUUCCUGCAGAUAUGGUCUUACUCUUUUCCACUGAUCCAGAUGGAAUCUGCCACAUUGAGACUUCUGGUCUUGAUGGAGAGAGCAAUUUAAAGCAGAGGCAGGUGGUUCGGGGAUAUGCAGAGCAGGACUCUGAAGUUGAUCCUGAGAAGUUCUCCAGUAGGAUAGAGUGUGAAAGUCCAAACAACGACCUCAACAGAUUCCGAGGCUUUCUAGAACAUUCCAACAAAGAACGCGUGGGUCUCAGUAAAGAAAAUUUAUUACUUAGAGGAUGCACCAUUAGAAACACAGAGGCUGUCGUGGGCAUUGUGGUUUAUGCAGGUCAUGAAACCAAAGCAAUGCUGAAUAACAGCGGACCUCGGUAUAAGCGCAGUAAAUUAGAGAGAAGAGCAAAUACAGAUGUCCUCUGGUGUGUCCUGCUUCUAAUUAUAAUGUGUUUUACUGGUGCAUUAGGUCAUGCAAUCUGGUUAAGCAGGUAUGAAGAUAUACCCUUCUUUAAUAUCCCCAAGCCUGAUGGACAUGUCAUCUCACCCCUGUUGGCAGGAUUCUAUAUGUUUUGGACCAUGAUCAUUUUGUUACAGGUCAUGAUUCCCAUUUCUCUCUAUGUUUCCAUUGAAAUUGUCAAGCUUGGCCAAAUAUAUUUUAUUCAGAGUGAUGUGGAUUUCUACAAUGAGAAAAUGGAUUCUACUGUUCAAUGCCGAGCCCUGAACAUCACUGAGGAUCUUGGUCAGAUUCAGUACCUAUUUUCUGAUAAGACAGGAACCCUCACUGAGAAUAAGAUGGUUUUUCGAAGAUGUAGUGUAGCAGGCUUUGAUUACUGCCAUGAAGAAAAUGCCAAGAGGUUAGAGUCCUACCAGGAGGCUAUCUCAGAAGAUGAGGAUUUUGCAGACACUCCCAGCGGCUCUCUAAGCAACAUGGCGAAACUGAAGGCCCACAGCUGCAGGAUGGCUCAUAAUGGGUCUUUGGGAAAUAAACCUUCAAAUCAUCUUUCUGGAAGCUGUUUUGCUCUGGGAAGUGGAGAAGGAGCCAGUGAAGUGCCUCCUUCCAGACAGGCAGCUUUCAGUAGCCCCAUUGAAACAGACGUGGUACCAGACACAAGGCUUUUGGACAAGUUUAGUCAGAUAACACCUCAGCUCUUUACCUCACCAGAUGAGACUGUCCACAGUCCACCACUGGAGACUUUGUGUAUUAUUGACUUCUUCAUUGCAUUGGCGAUUUGCAACACGGUAGUUGUUUCUGCUCCUAACCAACCACGACAGAAGAUAAGACUCUCAUCACUGAGUGGAAUGCCCAUCAAGUCCUUGGAAGAGAUUAAAAAUCUCUUCCAGCGAUUGUCUGUCCGAAGAUCAAGUUCACCAUCUCUUGCCCGUGGGAAAGAGCCAUCUUCUGGAGUUCCAAAUGCCUUUGUGAACAGACUCUCUCUCUUUAGUCGAAUGAAACUGGCUUCACCUGUGGAGGAAGAAGGCUCCCAGAUGAGUGAGAACCCGCAGUGCUCUAGUAGCUCAGCUUGCUAUGAAGAAGUAGAGAAACAAAACAGUGACACAGGCAUCAGCAUUGGCAAGGUGGACUCCCUCCCUGGACAGCCCUUGGUCUCGGGCCUGUGUUAUGAGGCCGAGAGCCCAGAUGAAGCGGCCUUAGUGUAUGCUGCCAGAGCUUACCAAUGCACUUUACAGUCCAGGACUCCAGAGCAGGUCGUGGUGGACUUUGCUGCUUUGGGACCAUUAACAUUUCAACUCCUACACAUCCUGCCCUUUGACUCUGUAAGAAAAAGAAUGUCUGUUGUGGUCCGGCACCCCCUUUCCAACCAAAUUGUGGUGUAUACGAAGGGUGCUGAUUCUGUAAUAAUGGAGUUGCUCUCCAUGGCUUCACCAGAUGGGGCAAGUCUGGAAGAGCAACAGAUGAUAAUAAGAGAAAAAACCCAGAAACACUUGGAUGACUAUGCCAAACGAGGCCUCCGCACUUUAUGUAUAGCAAAGAAGGUCAUGAGUGACAGUGAAUAUGCGGAGUGGCUGAAGAAUCAUUUUUUAGCUGAAACCAGCAUUGACAACAGGGAAGAAUUACUGUUUGAAUCUGCCAUGAGGUUGGAGAACAAACUAACCCUACUUGGUGCUACUGGCAUUGAAGACCGCCUACAGGAGGGAGUCCCUGAGUCUAUAGAAGCCCUUCAAAAAGCCGGCAUCAAGAUCUGGAUGCUGACAGGGGACAAGCAGGAGACAGCUGUCAACAUAGCUUAUGCAUGCAAACUGCUGGAGACAGAUGACAAGCUCUUUAUCCUCAAUACCCAAAGUAAAGAUGCCUGUGAGAUGCUGAUGAGCACAAUUUUGAAAGAACUUCAGAAGAAUAAUCAUACUUCUCCAGAGCAAGUACCCUUAAGUGAGGAUUUAUGCCAACCUCCUGUCCACCAGCACUUGGGGCUCCGAGCCGGACUUGUUAUCACUGGGAAGACCCUAGAGUUUGCCCUGCAGGAGAGUCUUCAAAGGCAGUUCCUGGAGCUGACUGCUUGGUGUCAAGCUGUGGUCUGCUGCCGAGCUACACCCCUGCAGAAAAGUGAGGUGGUAAAAUUGGUGCGCAACCAUCUCCGAGUGAUGACCUUGGCCAUUGGUGAUGGUGCCAAUGAUGUUAGUAUGAUACAAGUGGCAGAUAUCGGAAUAGGGAUCUCAGGUCAAGAAGGCAUGCAGGCAGUGAUGGCCAGUGACUUUGCCAUUUCUCAGUUCAGACAUCUCAGCAAGCUCCUUCUUGUCCAUGGGCACUGGUGUUACACGCGACUUUCCAACAUGAUUCUCUAUUUUUUCUACAAAAAUGUGGCCUAUGUGAACCUCCUUUUCUGGUACCAGUUCUUCUGUGGGUUUUCAGGAACAUCCAUGACUGACUAUUGGGUUUUGAUCUUCUUCAACCUACUCUUCACCUCUGCCCCUCCCAUCAUUUAUGGUGUUUUGGAGAAAGACGUGUCUGCAGAGACACUCAUGCAGCUGCCUGAACUUUACACGAGUGGUCAGAAGUCAGAGGCAUACUUACCCCUGACCUUCUGGAUCACCUUGUUUGAUGCCUUUUAUCAAAGUCUAGUCUGCUUCUUUGUGCCUUACUAUGUGAGUCCUUUUUUACUUAUUGUGUUUGUUAUUAAUGAAUCAAUGAUGUCCAUUUAUACUUUGCCGCCAGUAUCAACAUAUAGAAGGGUAGAUUGUUCAUAUAAUCUGACUUGGAUCCACAUGCUGGUCAUCAUUGGUAGCAUUGUGUCUUAUUUCCUCUUUGUCUUGGCUUUUGGAGCCAUGUGUGUAACUUGCAACCCACCAUCCAACCCCUACUGGAUUAUGCAGGAGCACAUGCUGGAUCCAAUGUUCUAUUUAGUUUGUGUCCUCACAACCUGCAUUGCACUUCUACCCAGGUUUAUAUACCGAGUUCUUCAGGGAUCCCUGUUUCCAUCUCCAAUUCUGAGAGCUAAACACCUUGACAGACUGACUCCAGAGGAAAGGACUAAAGCUGUCAAGAAUUGGAGAGAAACUGGAAAGAUGGAUCAAAUUGUAUCUAAGUAUGCUGACUACUCAGCUGCUAAGUCAGGGAGAAGACCUAUGUCUGGCCGUUCCACUGUCUCUGCAAUGAUGUCAGCGACUUCUUAUGCUGCUGAGCAAGGAAACGUAUCUGUAUGUGAAACUGCUUUCAACUCAGACAUGCCUCAGACCUCAGGGAUGGCUGGACCACCAAAGGAUUAAGAAUAUAGGGUGGCCUACUUGGAGUUGCAAGUAUCCCUUCAAGUUUGGAAGAAGAAUUUUGAGGAGGCACUGCUACCAAGCAAGAAGAACUUGGAUUUUACCUUAAGAACAUGGACAUUUUAAUGGGCUUGGAAAAGUCAUGAUGGCCUUUAUUGUAUGUUUGUAGAUACAUUUGUAAAAGAGAAAUAGAGUUUGAUGUGGACAGAUUUUUGGGAAGUGAAAAAUUUCAUUCAGAAUCAAAUGCUUUUAUGAAACUUUUUGGAUUUUGUAAAAGUAUUUUAAUUGUCUUAGAAAUUCAUAUACCGGUAUUUUAAAGGGGGAUUCAUUUGAGAUGUUAUUUAUUUUAAUGGGAGAUCAUUUCACAUUCUUGAGAAAUGCUUUGUAUGAGCAAGCACCAAUCUUAAUUUUUUUUUAAUAAGAAAAAAGUAGUUUUUAGAUUAGUUAGAACUCAGAGAAGUUUUCCACACGGAAAAUGUUAUUAAUGGUUAAUUUCCAGAUAAAUUCUCAAGAGCCUUUUUAAACAACAGUGUACCUAAAAUAGGGUAAUAAUUGUACUAUUUAAAAUACGGUUAGUGAUCACUAAUAGCUUUUUAAUUCCUGUGGGAAGAUGCCUUUGGUCUUCUGACAGAAGAUGGUAGGCAUAUCUCUUGGCUCAUUUCAGUGUUCUGAGCCAGAGCCUUUGUGAGGAAGGGGCAGAAGGGAUACUAGGCUACCAUCAGGUACCAAGAAUGUGUUCUUCUCAAUGAUUCCUGUCAAGAGAAGAACUUUAAUGUGGCCUACUUCUGCAUAGAUGUUCCAAAUUGGGAAACAGAGGUCAUAGGUCAAGCAGACAGAAUCAGCUGAGCCUACAGCCCAUUUGGAAAUUACCUGCAUUCUAAAAUUGACAAUAUCCACCACACUACCCCCCUAGUUGUCGUCAAGUCAAUUCAGACCCAUAGCGACCCUGCAAGGUCCCUGAGUGGCACAAAAGAUUUGUGUUCAACUACUAACGAAAAGGUUGGCAGUUCGAAAGCAUCCAGCAGCAUCAUGGAAGAAAGGCCUGAUGAACUACUUUCAUACGAUUACAGCCAUUGAAAACCCUAUGGAGCGCAGUUCUACUCUGAAACUCAUCGGGUCACCAUGAAAACUGACAAUAACCUGAUCCAAAUGAGACAAUCAAUAUCAAAACAAUCCUCAAAAGUCCAUUUGAGGGAUCAUAGUCUUUACACUACCCUACAACCUUUCUGGUGUUGUAGCCUCUGAAAAUGAGCUGUUAUGAACUGAAACUAAUACAGGUUGUUCUCAGGAAGUUUCCAUGAGGUUCUUAGGAAAAUUUGUUUUUUUAAUACAUUUUAGGACAGGAAUACCUAUAAAUUUACUGUUGCAAAUCAUGUAUGCUGGCUUUAGUUGGAACAAAGAAACUAAUUUAUACCAGUAAGGCUAGAUAUUAAAACAUGUAUUCUUGUUGAGUUCAUUUUAAAUUCUCUCCCUUUCUGAAAAUUGUCAGUCACCGAUCAUCCAAAAUUUCCUUCAUGCAUCUCCAUGCUAAUGUUCCAUGUCUCCAUCAGGUUCUUCCUUAUGACUAUCAAUCUCUUAUUCUCAGGGCUUAAUCUUCUACCUGCUGCCUACUGUCCUGGUCUGACCUUUUUUGUAGCCUUCUGGUAUUAUUACAAAUAGUCUAUAUAACUAAUCUUAAGAACUUUUGGAAUCCCACAUAGCUAAUGGAAGUUGUUGUCUGCUUCCUUAUGGUUUUUUUUUAAAUAAACUAUUUAAUAAAUAACAUGUACUGAGAAGUUGUCAUCACUCCUAUAGAUACUCACUGAAUCCAACUGUAUUUGGUAACAGAACUUACGAAGUCCCAAAGCAGGCCUUUUACCAGAAUAUUGUUUUGGCUUUUUCUUAUAUGAAAAAAUCAGUGAUAGCAUCUCAUACCCUCAUAGCAGCAGGUAUUCACUGCCUGAGGUCAUCAUCUUCUGAUAAAUAAAAAUUUAGAGAUAUAUUCACUUGUAAAUAAAGUGUUAGAACCUAUGAAUGAAAAGAAUGAGCCAAAAAGACUGAGAAGAAUGGUCAAUUUCCAGGAUGCGAAUUAUCUGUACAUAUGAGUAGAGGAAAAUCUUGAGUGUUCAUGUUAUGGGGCCACAAUCUCUUAUCCCCAAUUCCAAAAUCCCCAAAGUUCUGAAAAGUGGAAGAUUUUUCAUAAGUUAGACACAGACCAACGAAUGCCCUGAACAGACAUGACAUUAUUUAUAUUCUUUAUUUAUCCCACUUAAUGUAAUUAUUCAUUCAUUUUGCCACAGAAAUAAAACAUUUUAGUUAUGGAUGCUACCCUAGUCCUCAUUAGUGAUAUAAUACACAGUAUAGGCACUGCAUUAUUGUUUUAGAAUUUGAAAAAUCCUGGAUUCUGAAAUACAUCUGGCCCCCAGGAGAAAGAGAUUUUUGGAUUUGUAUUAAGCCUUUGAAGGGUCUCAUUUACAAGUGAAAAACUCAUUUAUACCAAAGUACCCAAGCUGAUGAUAUUAAAUCACAUUUUGGUAUUUAGCAUAUGUCACCUAAUUUUUUGAGACCAAAAACUAUCUCAUCACUCCUAGUAGUUAAGGAAAAAUGAUAAAUAAUAUACAUUUUGUGGUAUAAUUUUACCACAAAGGGUUUAUAAAAGAUUUGGAUCUGGUUAUCAAAAUGUAGUCUAUACAUUAAAGAUUCAUGUGCUCUUACCAAGGCGAAAGUUCUCAUUGGACAUGUAACAGGUUAUUUGAGACUAUUAGCAACUUCUAAUUUCAGGCUAAUCAAAGAGCCACCUGUCAUCGAAAGUAAGAGAGCACGUUCUACCAGAGUGAGGCUUAUGACAGGUGAAUUUUGACUGGUGGAUUAGUGGGAGAGAUAAUUUACUUGGAAUUGCUGUCUAUACCCCAUAUCCAUCAGAAAAGAUUAUACCAUUUUUUUGUAUUAAGGAUGAUUGAAAAUAAGUACAAUAUGUACAUUUCACUGAACAUAAGUUGAGCAAGGCUAAAAGUUGUUACAUUAAGCAUAUACCUACAGCUCUAACAAAGCUGAUAGAUGUUCUUAAUCUUUCAUACAAUUGUGAGCCCAACUCAGUUGCUGAUAUUUCACACUUGCAAUAGGUUUAAUCAAACUGCAAGACAGGAGAUCAAUAACAUAAGCUUCAAGACAAUCUUUUGAACUUCAAAUAUGUGUACACAUAGAAAAGAGUAUAAAAAUAGAUGUAUAAAAUUGCCGAUAGUCUCUGUGAAAUGCGAGGCAGUUCAGGUUGCUGGUAGAGAGAUUAGCAGGGAAUCCUGCUCGUUCAAAAGGCAUGCAGAUGUUCCAAAUGAAUGCCUGACUAAUUAAAUUAGGUGUAUGUGAAGAUUUGUGUUUUGAAGCUUUUUAGUGGGGAAAAACAUUUUAACCACUAAUUGCUUCAGAAAUCGAUGCGCAUAAAGUGGCCUAGUGCUUAACAGCAUUUUUAAAAUUUUGUUUUAAUUAUCAGUGAGAAGAAAUGGCAACACCAGACUUUAAACAUGUUUUGAAGAAAAUUACAAAAUGUUUUACUUCAUGUAAAGUUUUACUAUGCUUUGAGAGACAUGUUCGUGACUUUGGUAGUAUAGAUGAACACAGGAAAAUUGGAAAAUACUAAAUGGGAGUGGACAGUGCAAUUUAAUUCUCUUUUUGAAAAAUUGCAUCUGUUCAGUCUCGAGCAAGUUCAUCUCCCUUGGCAAAGUUUAAUCUCCACUCCAUUGUCAAUAUUGUUGUGUGCCAUCAAGUUGAUUCUGACUCAUAGCAAUCCUACAGGACAGAGUAGAACUGCCCCAUGGGGUUUCCUAGGCGGUAAUCUUUAG